UUUACCUUUAGCCUUGCUGCCACCUAACGCAUUAGAAAACCAACAUUCAUGAUGUAUUUGACACAUUUGCUUGUCAUUGGAGUGUCUUUUGGAGGUUUAUGCUCAGGAGUGGGUGUAUUGCCACAAAGUCGUAUAGAUGCAGCUGUGGGAGAUUCUGUAAUGUUCACCACAUCUCUUGAUCCAAUACAAACACCAUUUACAUCAAUACGGUGGAUGUUUGGCACCAAAGAUAUCACCUCUUUUGAUGUUACUAACACUACUGCUCCAGAGUAUGAAGGCAGGGUCACUCUGUACAUGUCUACUGGGUCUCUGCAGCUCAGGAACGUGACUCUAAAUGACACUGGAGAGUAUAAUGUUACCAUAACACGAGCAGAUGGCACUGUAAUGAAUGGGCUUACCACAUUAAACGUAUGGGAAAGUGUAUCUGAUGCUAUAGUCACAUCGUCUACACAAGUGCCAGUGGAGGGGAUUUCAAUAAACCUGACCUGCGACGCCUCUGGCUCCAUCGUCACUAGAGAGUGGACGAAGAAUGGUUUACCUCUAAAUCCCUCGGCAAAUAUAUUUUUUUCCAAUGAAAAACAGGUCUUGUCUUUUAGAGCUUUGAACAGAAAAGACAGCGGGCGGUAUACAUGUAAAACCAGCAACCCCAUCAGCAGUCAGGAGGCAACUUACUUCAUGGUUGUGACCUAUGGACCAGAAAAUGUUAAAAUCUCAGGUCCAACGGAGGUUCAAGUAAAAACAACACUCAAGUUGAGCUGUUUGGCAGAAUCUUUACCUGCAGCAAGCUACAUCUGGAUUAAGAAUGGGACAACUGUGGCUAGUUCAUUUGAAUACAUAAAUAACAUGACUGGAUUCUCAGACAGUGGAGAGUACAUCUGCCAAGCCACUAAUGAUAUCACAAUGACAAUGUCUGAAGUAACACAUAGAGUGCUUGUAUCAGAUCAUAAGACUCUCUCAGCUGGGGCCAUCGCUGGAAUAACCAUUGCAUGUUUAGUAGUUGGUAUUGGAGCUGUUGUCGGAGGAAUCUUUAUUUAUAAAUAUCACAUCGGCAGGCAAAACAAUCGCAAUCGUCCAGCAGACAGACAAACACAACCAAAUCCUCCAACAAUAAGCAACUUUUACACCAAGGAAGACAACCAACAUGUCUAUGAAAAUCCCUCAACAAUAUAUGACAAAAAUCUGUAAUUAAGAAUAGAAAAUAGUAAUAAAAAUUGCAUUGUCAGAUUAACUCAAA